AUGGCGACCUCGCCGCCGGUGACGGUGAGGGCGGUCGCCUGCGCUCUCACCCUGACCCCGUCAUCACGGCUCAGCCGCGCCUCCUUUCGCAACUGCCUCGCACAGCGCCGCCGCCGCCGUUGGCCCCCUCGAUGUAGCGGGAAGCAAGCCGCCGUGGUCGAGGAGGAAACAGCUUCUUCGCGGGAGGCCAAGAGCGGGGAAGGGGACGAGGGGCGUGGGGUCCAGGGCUGGUUUGCUCUGGAUACGAUUGGGCUGGACAUUCUCAGCAUCGCUCUGCCCGCCGCCCUCGCGCUCGCCGCCGACCCCAUCGCGGCGCUCGUCGACACCGCCUUCGUCGGUCACUUAGGUUCAGCCGAACUUGCUGCUGUUGGUGUAUCAAUUUCAGUCUUCAAUUUGGUGUCCAAGCUGUUUAAUGUGCCCUUGCUUAACGUGACUACAUCCUUUGUUGCUGAGCAGCAAGCAACGGAUGAUGGUUAUACUGGGACAAGAGAAGGAUACGACUUUCCAAGGUCUCCUGAGGAGGUGACCACGAAAAGGAAGUUUCUUCCAGCAGUAUCAACAUCACUGGCUUUAGCUGCUGGUAUUGGGCUGUUGGAAACUGUGGUGCUGAUUUUUGGAUCGGGCACACUAAUGGACAUGAUCGCCGUACCUACUGCUCUACUUGCGAGUGAAUAUGCAAAAGGGAAUUACAAGCAGGCUCGUUUGGUUUUAUACAGAGUUCUGCAGAUUGGAGGUGUAACUGGAGUUGCACUGGCUGUGGUUCUGUUCUUUGGGUUUGGGUCCUUCUCUGUGCUGUUCACAAGUGAUCCGGCAGGUUUAGACAUUGCCAAAUCUGGAGUCUGGUUUGUCACUGUUUCUCAGCCGAUAAAUGCUAUUGCGUUUGUGAUCGAUGGGCUGUACUAUGGCGUGUCUGACUUCACCUAUGCUGCAUACUCUAUGUUCUUUGUUGGGGCUGUUUCAUCGGCAUUCCUACUUGCUGCUGCUCCUAAGCUUGGUCUUUGUGGUGUUUGGUCUGGUCUAGUUAGGGAGCAAAGGUGGACCAUGGAAGCACAUCUGGUUAGGGAGCAAAGGUGGACCUUGGGAGUCUAUCUGGUCAGAUAG